CCGCUCCGUGUGCUACGCUAAAAAUACGAUGACCAACUGUUUCAGACGCUUUGUAUCGUGAUAAUUUUACAAACGGAAAAGAAUCGGAUUGUAUUGGCGUAAUUUUCUACCGUUCUGCGCGUACAUAACUAACCAUCGUGCGUAAGUGGAAAACACUCGAUUCAAAGAGUAAGAUAAAAUGGAACAGUUCGAGCAACUGCUGACGUGUGCAAUAUGUUUGGAUCGAUACAGAAAUCCGAAAUUGCUGCCAUGUCAACAUUCGUUUUGCAUGGAACCGUGUAUGGAUGGUUUAGUAGACUAUGUUCGAAGACAGGUAAAAUGUCCGGAAUGUCGAGCAGAACACCGUAUACCGUACAACGGUGUUCAAGGAUAUCCGACGAACGUCACCCUUCAGCGUUUCUUGGAACUCCAUAUAGAAAUAACCGGAGAGUUACCAGAUCCAACAAGUGGACAGACAAUGAAACGAUGUGGUGUAUGUUCGGAAAAAGCAUACGUGACAUCGUGUGUUCAUUGCGAGAAGGAUGUGUGUUCGGACUGCAAAAGCGCUCAUAUGGAUAUUCUGAGAAGAGAAAUUUCCCGUAUUAACAAUCAGGUAAGACGGGCAUUGCACAGAUUAUCAGAUAUGCUGGCCGGUGUAGAGAAAAACAUGCUGACCUUACAAAAUAACUGCACAUCGGUUUCCGAAGAAGUUGAUGAAAUCUACCGCAGAUUAACCAAAUCCUUGAAGGACCGUACGGACCAUCUUAGAGGAGAAAUCGACAGAUACUUAACAACAGAGUUAAAAAAUUUAUGCAACCUCAAAGAGAACUUAGAGAUUGAAAUAUCUAACAUUCAAAGUAAUUGUGAUCUGGCAGAUAAACACAUGCAAACCGACGACGUAGAAUGGGAGGACAGUGAACUGAUGGAUGCCAAGGAAAUAUUUUUGAAAACCGUCGAGUUUAUUCGAAAUUUUGAAACUGAAAUUGGAGAUUAUAGCAGAAGAGCUAAGUUUAUCAUGGCUCAUGACCCGAAUCAAUUGGUCAAUCACGUUUCUAAUUAUGGUGAACUUACAAUUCAAGCCCCGCAUCAACCAUUUACUGCUAGUUCUAAUUCUCUCCAAGCUCCAAGUCCAGGCCUCAUGCGGUCAAAAAGUGAUCAUAGGCUAGCUUCACAAUACCGACAGGAAGAAAAUAGCGAUAUUAGUGGAAGAGUUUCGCCGCUUGGAGGUAGAAAAUUUGGUGAACGAUAUCAAAGUCGGUACUCACGUGGUGAUAGAAAUGAUUACGAUGUAGACUCGACGCAUGACAGUGAAAAUAGAAGUUCAGCAAGAUCAAGGAUUAGAUCCCGAUUAGGAAGACAUGGUCUAAACGAAAAUACCGACUCCGAUACAGAUUCGAGAUCAGUCCGUUUUGCCGAAACAAAUACUGUACACCGUGAACGAGAAAAGGUUUUGGACACCGAAGAUGUGGCUAAAGGUCCUUUGAGUGGUAUCACGAGAUUGUACGAUUCACCAAGAGUCAUGAAAAGGCUAAUAGAGAGUGAGAAUAAAGAUAAAAAAGUAGAUGUUGCGCCAAAGCCUCAAGCUCCCCAACCAGUUCAACAGCCAAAAAGAAUAACUCCGCAGCAAACACCUCAGAGGCAAUUGAGUGAAGACGAUGAGAUAGCGAGGAUAAAACGGCAAAACAAAACUGCAUCGACAUCGUCGGAUACGGAACGAAGAGAUAGAGUUAGUUCGAUAAAAAGGGAAGACUCGAGAGAUUCUAACAAAUCCAACACGCCUUUAGAUAACUCGAGAAAGACCCCUGUACCUGAACCAUUACCAGUCGAUACUCUGGAGACAACUGAAAGCGAGUCCGAAGAAGAUUCGGUUGAAGUACCGGUAGCCGAACCGAGGAAAGCAACACCCGCCAGGACUACAUUUCCUCCAUCCACAUCAUCUACAACGGAUUCGAGACGAUCCUCUACGGCAUCAGAUAAAUUAGCGUCCAAAGGUAAUGCCAGAUUGAAGUCGACUAGAUCAGAAAGUAUUGAAAGUUCGGGUUCUUCCGAAACUCCUGGAACACCGGUACGCAGAAACGCAGCUAGUGCAUACCCCCCAGAAGAAGUGAAACAAUCGCCAGUUAGUUCAAGUUCUGGAAGUACAACUCCACGUGCUCGAUUUUCUUCGGUUUCUUCGAAAAGAGAUUCAGCUACACCGACGAACUCUCGAAGUUACAGUGUUACGGGUAACAGUGAAGGUCCUUCGAAGAAAGAAGAAAUUGAGGAUGAAGAAGAAGAAGAAGAAGAAACAGAAACUUCAUCAGAAUCAUCUGACGAAGAAUCAGACGAAGAUUCCGAUGAUGCUAAGCCGAAAAUACCAGCAUCAAAAGGUAUGGAAAAAACCGAUAUUGGACCAUUAUUGGCUAGAAGUGCUCAAGCCAGGGAUAAUGGAAGUGGAGGCAGUAAUAAUAGCUCAAGAAGACCUAGCCAAGACGAGUCUUACACUAGAUCACGAUACGGUACUAAUGGCUAUAAAUCACCGUCGUCGUACCAAAGCCCCAGGGAAUCCGACACCGCAGCAAGUGGUAGUAAGUACCAGAACAAUUCCCGAACCGAACCCGCCCCAAGGUUCACUAGCAGAUUUCUAAAAAAUAAAAGUAUUCAAGAAGAGAAUCCUAGCAAAUCGAGUUACAGCAGUGACAACAAAUAUACUUCGGACAAAGGGUUGUCGCGGAGUAGAACCAGCGCUAAUCUAGAGGAAGACCUUCAGGACGACACUAACACCUCUUCGUACUCACCGUACUCUAAAACACAUUACGGUUCGGAUUUGUCCAGAAGUCGAUCCAGUCACACUUUAAAAUCACGGGAGACCUCACCCGAUAGGCCUGUAACAAAUUCUUCAGCAGGAACUGGAGAAAAAGACGGAGCAGCGUUAAGCUCGUGGGCUAGGUAUUUAAAAAACAAAUACGGAAAUCGCAGUAAAGAAAACGCGGCCAAGGACAAUGCUACUGCCGCUUCCGCGUCAAGCUCGUCUACUCGACGACUGUCACUCGGAUUGCCACUGCGAUCCAAUUCCACCGUCGUUGACAGUUCAGAUGACGACCAAAAAAACAUGCACAGCUCCCCCACCUCCCAUACAAUUAUCGAAGCAGGUAUGCAGGGCGUAGGUUCUACCCCUAGAGUGCAGUACUUGCAGAAGAGACAAUUGUUAUUUAAGAUUGGAGGUCGGGGGAGCGAGCCCGGAUAUUUCACCUGGCCAAGAGGCGUCGCUGUUGGCCCGGACAAUCUGAUCGUCGUGGCCGAUUCUUCGAACCACAGGAUCCAAGUAUUUGAUAACUGCGGACGCAUAUUGAAAGACUUUGGAUCCUACGGAAACAGCGAAGGCGAAUUCGACUGCUUGGCCGGUGUAGCCGUCAACCGUAUCGGACAAUAUAUCAUUGCCGAUCGAUACAACCACAGAAUCCAAGUCUUGGAUCCAUCUGGCAGAUUUUUAAGGUCAUUCGGAAGUCAAGGCUCCAGUGACGGCCGGUUCAAUUAUCCUUGGGGAAUUACCACGGACGCUCUUGGGUUCAUAUAUGUUUGCGAUAAAGAAAAUCAUAGAAUACAGGUGUUCCAGUCGGACGGAACAUUCGUAGGAAAAUUCGGAUCGCACGGCAACAAGAUUGGACAGUUGGAACAUCCGCACUACAUCGCGGUAUCGAACACCAACAGGGUAAUAGUUUCGGAUUGCAAUAACCAUCGCAUUCAGAUAUUUGACGUUAACGGCAGAGUGAUCAGUUCGUUCGGUUCAGAGGGAUCAGAAAAUGGCCAAUUCAAAUUCCCCAAAGGUGUAGCCGUAGACGAUCAAGGAUACAUACUGGUAGCCGAUUCCGGUAAUAACCGCAUACAGAUAUUCCAUCCGGAUUCCACGUUCCUACGUGCUUUUGGCUGCUGGGGAAGUGGCGACGGGGAAUUCAAAGGACUCGAAGGCAUCGCUGUCAUGUCCAACGGAAACAUACUAGUGUGCGACCGAGAGAACCAUAGGGUUCAAGUUUUUUAAUCUUACACGUAACUAAUUUCAUAGUAAAAAAAAAAAAAAGUAGAGCGAAAUCGUGUACAUAAUCAUA